AUCAGGUAUCACUGGAAGCGCUACAGGCUAUAGAGAGUCAGCUCAAACAUGUGGAAAUGCUCAAUGCAGUUUCAUUCAAGUGGAAGUUUACAUCAAAAUUAAGAAAGAAAGAUGAAAUUUAAAGAUCAGAAAUAAAUAGACUUGAUAACAAAUUCUUUUAUAAGGAGUAACCCAAUUCCAUUGGCAUUGUUCAGGGUUCUGUUAGUUACCCCGUUUGCCUUUAAGGUUUUGAUUAGAAAAUCCAAGCUAUGGAAAGACAAAUGCUAUCAUUACUAUUGGCAUUCAGUGCAAUUUCCAUGCUCUCUGUAGUUGACAUUUGUAGUGCAGAACAGGCAACUGCUUUUUUUGUUUUCGGAGACUCAUCUGUAGACACUGGCAAUGUUCCUAAUUCCAGCUUUCUUUCACCAUGGAAAUAUCCCUAUGGUGUUAGUUGGCCUGGUCACCCAUAUGGAAGGUUUUCUUCUGGCAAAAUUCAGAGUGAUUUUAUUGCCCAAAUGUUAGGCCUUCCACCUCCAGUCCCUUACGGUCUGCUAAAUGAUUCAGCACGUAACAUGACAGCAUCUAAAGGCAUAAAUUUUGCAGUAGCAGGAAGUGGGGUUUUUGAUACAUAUGGAUUUCCAAAGCUGGGCACCCAAGUUGGGUUUUUCAAGGACAUUAUUAGGUCACAGAAAUAUCGUUAUAAUAACCUCAAUCACUCUGUAGCCCUCGUCACUGUGAUGGGAAAUGAUUAUGCUCCUGUAAAUCUUACACAAGUGGGAAGAACGAAGUUUGCCAAGAGUGUCAUAACAGAGAUGAAAAUGCAGUUAACAGAGCUUUAUAAGCUGGGGUUUCGGAAUUUUUUAGUAUCAAAUGUCAUGCCUUUUGAUUGUCUGCCUGCCAAUCUUAAAGCUGGAACAGUGUGCUUGAAUACAACAAUGGAUUUAGUGUCUGCCCACAAUGAAUAUCUAUCAGAAGCCGUUUCAGAGCUAACGAAACUUGAAGAUGCAAACUUCCUCAUCCUUGAUACAUUUAAAGCCUUCUCUCUUGUAAUCUCCAAUCCAACUGCACACGGAAUCCACUACGUAAAUAAAUCCUGUUGUUCUUCACGCAAAAGUGCACUGAACUAUAUUGGAUGUGGGCUUUAUGAUAAAGAAGGAAAGCCUAUGUUUCAUGUCUGCAAACAUCCAGAGAGAGCUCUGUUUUUUGAUUGGUACCAUCUUACCCAGAAGGGAUGGGAGGCGUUGACUAAUCUUUACUACUCCCAUACUGGUUUUGUACAAGAUGGGUCUUCUUCUUCAUCUCCUACAUCUCUAGCAGAAUGGCUGCAUUCUCAUAAUGUAGGCUUGAAUUCAUCCCCUCCAGAUUCUCAAUCCAAUCACUGAAUCUAAUGUGAGGCAUAGCAUAAGUAUGUUGUCUGUUAAGGAAACUCUUGAUCUUGUAAUAUUUAGGCUUAAAUAAUUGGAGUUCACAAAUCCAUUAGAGUAGUCAGGUAUACCAUAUAUUACAAUAUAUGAUAAUUGAUUGGUUUUCUAUUUUGUAUGAGUGAUGCAAUGGAUAUAUAAUCACAAUGUUAAGGAAUAUAAAACUCUUGUUUGGUCAAUAAUUACCUAGAAUAUCUAGUUAUAAAAUAUCAGAUCUGUAAGCUGCUUUCCUUCUGGGUAUGUAGGGUUCAUGGUAUAGAAUUUGUGUUCUUGAAAGAGAGGUCACAAGUUCAAAUCCCACCAGGGGUAAGGUUUGUACCCUCGUUUGUAGCACAGUUAGGUGCCUACCUUCUGCAAGGAAUACGGGUAGUCGCAUAUUGUUCUAUCUAUAAAGUCAUAUGCAUACCAUUUGAAAGUAGACUAUAAAAGAAUCUUUCUUUCUUC